UGUUCUGAAACAGUAAGGGAAAGAGAUAAGAAAGAGAAAACAACAGUACAAGAGCCAUAUUAGUUGCUGAGAAGAAGACCGAAUGGUUUUCCUUUUGCUUCAACCAUGUUCUUCCCUAAACCCAUCGCCUUUCUGCUAUCGGUUCUUCUUUCUUUCAUUUGGCUAAGAACAAACAAGCUUGAUGCCGCUACGCUGCCUCAAAAUGAAGUGGAUGUUAUCAACCGAAUUGCCAAAACGAUGGGAAGUAACGACCGGAAUUUCGAUGCCGGCAGUUGCAAUGUCUCGGAUAAAGUGGACUUGGGUGCCGAGAAAAACAUUACCUGCACUUGCCAGAACGACACCUGCCACGUUACGCAUAUUUAAGUUUCCCGGAGGACAAAACAAUUUAUAAAUGGGUGAAAAGAAUAACUGAUAUUUGGGUUUGUUUUGGAGUUUUUAGAAUAUUCAAGCAUCAGAAUCUUCCAGGAGCACUUCCACCUGAACUUGUAAAUCUUCCAUAUCUCAAAGUGAUGUAGGCAUCCCUGUUCUCUCUUUCUCAAGUCUCUCUUAAUUUUUGCUUAUUAAGUGUGUUUAAGCGGCAUAUGCAGUGAUUUUGCAUAUAACUAUCUCAAUGGGUCAAUUCCACUUGAAUGGGCUUCAAUGCAACUUGAGUACAUCUUUGUCUUUGUUAUUAAUCGACUAUCCGGGAGUAUUCCGACUUAUUUGGGGAACAUUACCAGCCUUGCAUACUUAGACCUUGAAGCAAAUCAAUUUUCAGGACAAGUCCCUCCAGAGAUUGGAAAGUUAGUUAACUUGAGAACUUUAAGAUUAUCUUACAACAGACUGACCGGAGAUUUGCCGGUGCAACUUGCUGAACUGAAAAACUUGACGGACUUAUAAGGUUUUCGGCUUUUCGUCUGGUAGGAUGCACGAAAUGCUUGGUAGAAAUUUAAGUAUUGUAAAAUUCUUUUUCAUAAAAUGCAGUAGGAUAAAUGACAACAACUUUAAUGGGAGUACACCAACUUUCUUUCAGAACUGGAAGAAUCUUAGAAGGAUACUUAGCCUACACUCUUUCUAUACUUACCCUUCGAACUAUCUUUAUCUCCAUUAAUUAUAACUUCCAACUACGUUCCGAUCGAAUGAAUCUACUUUCUCAACAA